UUGUGGUUUCUGGGAUGUUUGUAUUCUUUUGGAAUCGCUGGAGAGGUCUCCAACCCCUCGGAAACACAAAUUUCAUGGUCUGGCAGGUCGGCAGCGCUUACAGAAAAAAAUUUGCGCGUGAGUGCACCAAUCCACUAAAAGCAAGCUUGGUGUGUCUAUCUACUAAACAGUACCUCCCAGUCGCGAGCAAUAUAUAAAGUGGAGAGACGAUGACACUGCUCGUAAGAACACUGGCUCUGCUCUUGAUGCUGCUCUCGUUGCUGCUCGUCCAAGCGUUUGGGAACGACAUAGGCUCCAAGCCGCGCGGUGGCCGCCGUGAGCUCAUGUUUCGGAGGCCGGGUUAUGGCUACGGCCCCGGGUAUGGAGCUGGAGCCGGGAUGGGAGGGCCCGGCUAUGGCGGAGGAUACGGCAGCGGUGGUGGCUAUGGAGGCUAUGGAGGAAGUAGGCCUGGUUAUGGGACUGGAAGAUCCGGUGCUCCUCCGUCGCUUCCUCGACUCCAGCCACCCCCUCCUGGCCUCCCUGGAGCUUUCCCCGGUCCGGCGAUAGCGGUAGAACCCAACGAGAUCGGCGACAAGAAGUUCGUGGUGUCGUCAUCUAGGCUCGUUGCUCCAGCUCCAGCUCCAGUCCCAGCUUUGCGGGAAGAAGUAUCGUCCAGCCGAGGGUAAUCGGCCUAUUAAGUUUGCGGGGCCUGUGGUUUCGUUUUAGCCGAGACGAGCCAGGAAACAAAGGCUGUGUUGAUCUAAGUAAGAAUAAACUUCCAAAGCUUUAAACGA